AUCGGAACAAAAAGCACUCGAGGCUUUCAGUUUUAUUUGCCAGUGAGCCAAACCAGGCACGAUUUUGUUGUCAGCCAUGAACCAUUCGCAACAAUGCCAUCAUUGUUUAUGAGAAUGGCGUUCAGAGUUAAUCUUACUGGAAGUCGCCCAAGAGCUUGCACGUUCUUCCGUUGAUAUUGGUGCGCAACCUCUCGGUUGGAGUAUCGCACCUCUGGUUCACUUGUACACGUAUGCCAUACUGGUACUGGUACGGUAGCACCAAUGGCAUGAAGCGCACCUGCAACGUCGAACCUGAAGCUUGACGGAAGCCUCAGCGACAACACCAUGACAAACUUGGGCCAUCUCGCAGCCGCCAAACAGUCGGCAAAAGAAAAGAGGGCACAAGCUGUGCAUGGCGAUCUUAGCAACAUUCACAACGACGCUGUCCCGCCCAGCAGGAGAGAGAAGGAAACGGUGAAGCAUAGUUAAUGGAUACUACAAUACGUUGCUCCUACGAGUACUAUUGAGCGACGAGCUUUACGUCAUUGUAACGACGAAGCAAAGGCCCACAACGGCAUCGGCUAGAGUGGCAUUCACACAAAAGCACAAGUCGGUUCCACCCAGCACGAGAGAUACGGUACCCACUGUUGCUUGAGAUACGAGGUUCACGUCGUUACAACGACGAAGGAAAUGCCUACAACUUCAUCGGCUAGAAUCGUAGGAACCUCACUCAAUGUAUACUAGAACGAUCCUCGCUCACGACGGACCCCUCCGAACACAAAACAUCGUAAUGAUAAGGAAUCGGCGUUCUACAUGUAGAAGAAAAUCCAUUCCUCCACGUGGAUUCGAUUCCACCGCGGGUGCCGGUUCACCUAUGGAUGGCAGCUUGGCUGUCUUGACGUUCAUUCCUCUCGUCAAGCAAUCUACCAUACGGUACAGUAUUUCACCGGAUGCUCUCUUUCGUGUAUGAAUCGGGCGUUGAUUUGGAACUGCGAAACGACGAACGGUUCAUCCCCGUGUGUCAGAACUUUGAAACUCAUCUUUAGAAGCACAUGCUAGCGGCAAUCGACGAUCUCUCUCAAUCGGUCACGCGAAAAGCCCUUUUGAGAAUGCGCUUCUGCUGUUCCAAGUGCAGACAACUCCCUUGAAGCUGCAACUCGGAAAGUAACCCCGUCGACACUGUCCUGGCUACUAGGUCGAAACAGAGGGAAUCUUCGCGGGAACGAAUGCUCCAUGGUGCGGCAGGCGCAAUCACACUACUAUACCAGGAUUUCAGUUGCAUCCGAGUGCAGGCGACAACCCUGACGCUUUCCUAUGAGGCAUGUACACGGGAACGAAUGCUCCAGACACAAUCAUACGGCGCCGGUGUGCCAGUUGAGUCGAGCAUACGUCAGGGAAACCCGCAUCUUAUGUAGCGUGAAACGGAUGAAUCACAUGCAGAGAGGCGAGCCUCCCAGUGAUUGCUAUCGGCAAAUUGUCUCAUUUCUUGUUCAUUGAGCCGAACAAAACAGUGUGUUCGGUGACUUGUUUUGCCAUCACUUCAUUCAUUCCAUAGUUUCACAAGCAACCAUGUCCAGUGCCUACAAACUCAUGGGAAGUCUCGGGACAGAAGUCUCCCUUGCAACUUCUGUUGCAGCAGCAUUGGAUAAUGAAACAUUUCAUGAUGUGACAUUGGUAGCCAGUGAUGGUGUCCAAGUGCCUGCCAAUCGAGUGUUGCUCGCAGUCCGAAGCAAGGUGUUGGAGACAAUGUUGAUGGGAAACUUCUCAGAGGCCACAAGCCCAUCUAUUGAGGUUAAUUUUCCUGGAGCAGUUGUCAAUGCAGUUGUUGAGUAUAUCUACACCAGCAACGUCAAGCUGCUUACAGAACUUAACCCAGACAAGGUGGAAAAUGUGGAAGAUGUGGAGGAAAAGGGUGACAUCUCAGAUCAUGGUCAGGAGGAAUUUCAAAUGCUUAUCUCCUUGACAGCAGCUGCGGCCUACUACAAUCUCCCAAACUUAUGUGACAGUGCUAACAACAUCAUGGAAACAUAUGUCAAAAAGUUUCCAUCCAUGUCCUUUGCUGUGUUGGAGGCAUGUGCUCAGGAACACCCUGCUAUAUCCAACAAUUUGCUUGAGAUGGUCUUGUCCCACAUCCGACAAAACAAGUUUGAGAGAUUGAAUGAAAGAGUUUUGAGUUCUUUGAGCUCCUCAGUUCUGUCGGUCAUUCUCAGUGAUGAAAACUCCAAGGUGCCAGAGUACAAGCGCUUUGAAAUGGUUCAACUGUGGUCUGAAGGUGCUUCAAGUGACCAAGAGGAACGGCUAGCCUUUGCCAAAGACCUGGUGAAAGACCACUUGAAACUGCAUUUGGUUUGUCCUGAAGUAUUGGCCAACUCUGUUGCUCCAUCUGGGCUUGUAGAUAUCAAACAUCUGGCCGACGCUUACAAGCAGCAAGCUAUAAAAGCAAAACGCAAAUAUGGAGUGUGCUUUGAUGAAAAGGCAAUGAGUAUUGCAAAGCCAGUCUGGAGUGGAAGCAACACAGAUACUUUCUCUGUGGCCUGUGGUUGGAAGAGUGACAAAAUGACAUGUCCCCCCCUUGUCAAUGGAUGCAAAUAUAUGUGGGCCAUUUGUACUUCUGGUAGCAAAGCUGCUGACUGUAUUAUGAUUGGUGUGGCCAAACAUUCUGCAACACUUAAUAUCAACAAUUAUUGUGGAUGUCAGCCAUCAUGCUGGGCUGUCUAUGGAGCCAAUGGAUAUGCAUAUUACUCAGGAGCACAGAAAGAGUUCACUGGUGAUGGUGCAAAAUUUGGCAAUGGGUCCCAUGUCACAGUUACACUUGAUCUUUCUCAUGAUGAAGCAAACAAUGGCAGUUUCUCCAUUUCUGUGAAUGGUGCUGCUUCUGUUAUUAUCACCCGCAACAUGAAGACACACCUUAACACUGAUGGGUAUGUUCCAGUGGUCUCAUGCUAUGGUGGAAAUGGUGGAACUAGUGCAAAGAUCCUCAGCAUUGAGGAGGUGGUUUAGAAAACCCAGCUCCCUGUCCCAUCGGAGCAACAACAAACAGCAAGAGGCACCAGUUAUGUUCCCCUUCCAAGUUCCUGCAUGAUUUUGGAGCCCUAUGGUUUCUGAAUAUUUUCAAAACGGGAACAACAGUAAAAGCAUAUAAUCCAGCAGUUAGCGGCUACCGUAGCUAUUCAUGUUAGUUCCAAUG